CAAUCGGAAGUCAGAAAAUUGUGUUUAUAAAGUUGAGGUUAUUUUGACCCUAUCGGCAAUUUCAUCACAUUUAUUUUGAUAUAAUAUAAACUGGUCUCUCUCUGCUCUAAGAAACCAGGCGACAUCGGUGAUAUAGAAGUGCUUCCGUGUACAGAGCAUAAUCACGUUCACUGAUUGACCCUAUCGGGACAACAUAACCUCAACUUUAUAAACACAAUUUUCUGGUCCGGUUCGGACCGUUGUGCGAGACGGAUCGGAGCUAGAGAGCGUUGUUCGGUACAGGUUGUGCAGAGGCGGUGUAUUUAGAAAAAGAGAGUGAGAGUUGGUGCAAAGAGGACUAUAUUUAGAGCAUUUCUCAUUGUCUUUUUGAGAGAUUGAUUAGAAAUGUCCGCGGUUCCCUCGAUCGGACGGGGGGACAGAUUUACCCGUACGAGAAAAAAGUAGGAAGAGUUGACGGAGGAAGAGGUAAAGGACAAAGCGAUAUGUCAGAUGUGAGGAACAGGAAGAAAUGUUCAGAAGUACAGAACAUCGAGGAUGAAGGGAGUUACCCAGCAAACACAAAGUAACAGUAAUAUACAUAUAAGUCCGGAGAUUCAGGAAGUUUGAGGAGCGAAGAGAUGGUCCAGAAGAAGACGACGAUUUCGAGGGCUCAGGAAGAACACAAAAAAUCACAUGGGUCCCGGGAAGAGGACAUGGAAGUGGCGGAUACAGAACUGGACGGCAAUGUUAUGUUAGAGAUGAGUCAAGCGUUAGUUAGCGAGAUAAGGGGACAUAAUGGUGCGGAGUUGUUAGCUAAUGAUAACAUGGCGACAAAUAGCGAUAGGAUCAGAGAUAGAUCAACAACAGACUGUUAUGUUGUUAUUGACGGGACCUUGAGGAACGUUCUGGACGUUGAUGCGCAAACGUUAGAUAGGUUGUAUGGGCUAUUCAGCAUAUAUAGAUAUUCAGCAGAUAAACAAAAGGAAGGUAACGUAAAAAUUAAACUUAAAAUAUCGUCAGAACAUGCGGCUUCGAAUAAAAUAUUGUCAUGGUGUAGUAAGAAUCAUGUCGUUCCUAGCAAUGUGGAAAUGUUAAAGUUUAAUUUAGCACUUCUCACAUUUAACAAAGUAAAAGAGGCGAAAGAGUGUUUAGUUAAGGUAAAUUUAUUGGAUGAUAAAUGGCUUGUUGGAAUUAUAGAUAAGAGAAUGUUAUCUGCAAGGGUGUAAUCGCCGAUUGGCCUUACGAUAUUCCGGAACUAUGGAAAAGCAUAGUGGACAAGGACAAGGACGAUAUUAUUAAAAUCGAAAGGAUGAAGAGGAGGAUCUGGGACAAGCAAACAAAUAAGUACACAUCACAAUUUACUGAUAACUUUAUUGUUACCAUUAGAGGUACUACUCUAAAGGAUAAGAUCACUAUUUUUGAGAAUUUACAUAUUAUGUUGCGUGUGAGGCCAUACGUGGAACCGGUGGUUCAGUGCUAUAACUGUUUUAUGUUUGGGCGCAUUAAGGCUCACUGCAAGAGGGCCGUUAAAUGCAUAAUUUGUGGAAAUAAAGCUCAUGGAGUUUGUAACGAUCGAUUAAAUUGUAUCGAUUGCGGAGGAGAACAUAAAUCCACGGAUAGAAGUUGUCCAGUUUUCCAGAAGAACAAGGAAUUGAAGGUUAUUAUGGCUCAUAAUAACAUUUCUUUUAUAGAUGCUGAAAAGCUAGUGUUUGGUGGUAAACACGACGAGUCAAGCAUGCGAUAUGAUAGAUAUACGAAUCUUAAUGCCUGGCCGGUAUUAGGUCUAUCCAAGAGAAAUAAGCGGAGUAUACAGGAGGAAAAGUCUGAUUCGGUACGUAAAACUCGGAUAGUAAACUACAAUAACAGAUUCGACCGGAGGAAUACAAUAAAUGAAAGAGAAAAUGUACGACAUAGGAAAGAAAGAGACAGCGUAGAAAAAAGAAGACAGGAGUUUUUAGGUUACAAUAAAAGAUUUAACGGUCGGGAAGAGGAGAUCUCCAAAGACAGGUUUGGCUUACUUUUACAACAAAAUGAUAUUAGUAAUACUUCGGAUAAAAAUUAUAACACGGAAAGAAGAGAGAAUUAUGUUGAAUCUCAUGAAGGAUAUAAUUGGGUUAUGGAUAUUGAAAACAUUAUCUCGUCUUUGAAAGAUACAAGCAGGGAGUGAUUCUCAAGCAUGAUCUGUCGAAACUUAUGUUAAAAUAUAGUGUGCCUGUAGGCUAUCGUGGAGAGGAGGAAACAGUGUUUGACAGGGAUGAAGAUUACAGGGAGGAAGAAAGAAGAAGGAAAAUGCGUAAAAGCGAGGAAGAAUUAACUCGGAUAAAAAAUUUGACGGCUGGUAUAAGGAGUGACUUCAGGGGGAAAGAAAGCGAUUGAUAAAACAUCAUAUUUCAUAUUUAAGUAAUGACGAACAUUUUGUUGUGGAAUACUAGUGGCAUUAGGAGUAAGAAAGCGGAAUUGUUGCAUACUAUAUCCCCUUAUGAUAUAGUAGUUAUAACUGAAAUUAAGGUCGGUAGUGAUAGUAUUAUGUAUUUCCCCGGGUAUAAAACGUACAAGUCCAACAAUUUAAACAAUAUAGGUAUUGUGGCUAUUUUGGUAAAACAUGAUAUUGAAUUUGAAAUAAUUAAGGACUUAAAGAUACACUCUGAUAAUUUUGAUGUUAUCGGUAUCAGGAUAGUAAACACCACGAGAGUGUUUAACUUGAUCGCGGUGUAUAGAAAGUCUUACGGACGCGAAAAAAUAUUGACAUGGGAUGAAUUGCUUGAUUUUAGUGAUGCGGAAGAGGAUACAAUUAUUCUUGGGGAUUUCAACGAUCAUCACACUACGUGGAAUUGCGAUAAAACAGAUAAGAAUGGAGAGAAAUUAUUUACGGCUAUGUAUGAUGAGGGUUACAUUGUCUUAAAUAGUGAUACUAAAUCUCAACUGAAUUAUUAUAAUCAGGUCGCUUCAAACAUUGAUUUGGUUUUUGCCAACAAUGAUUUAGCAGGUUUACUGGAUUACAAUCAGCUUUCAGACACGUGGGGAUUGGAUCAUUAUCCUAUAGAAAUUUUAUUUGAUAUAGAGGUGGAACCUUACAGAAAAUUAACCAAUAGAGUUACAAAUAGGAAUACGGAUUGAUCUUGUUACUAUAACGAAGUGGAAAAGAACAUUAAAUCAUUAAGAGAGGUGCGGAAUGAUUUUAAUGUUAGUGCCUUAAACGAUAGGUAUAACGAUAGGCUUUUAUAGAUUGUAUUCGAAAGGCAGCUCGGAUUGCAACUGGCAAGGAUAACAACAGCGAUGUACAAACAUCUGGAUGUCGUAAAAUAUCUCGUCAUAAAAUGAGGCAGCCAGUACGAUGGUGGGAUGCAUAGUGUGCAGCGGUUGUACAAGACAGAAAAGCAAAAUUAAAAAUAUGGAAACGUUCACAGAGAAUGGAAGAUUUCAUUGAGUUUAAAAGAGUCCGAGCAAUCGCCCGAAGAACCAUUAAAAGUAAGAAGAAGGAAGAUUUCGAUCGAUUUUGUAAUAGCAUCAAUAGGUACACUGAUAUGUCAUACGUUUGGAAUACAAUGAGGGUAUUCAAAAGGGUUCAAGCAAAAAUUAAUUGGAACAAAUGGCAGCACAAGGAUAGAAUUAUGGAAAUAAGAAAAACAAUAGAAACGUUAGCUCCGCCGUGGGUUGCUGAAGACAAGAAGCGAUGUUACUAUCAAGGUUGUCGUCAUUACGAAGAUAUGGAUAACUUGUUUGGUAUGGAAGAAUUGGAUAGGGCACUUCAAAUGAUACGAAGGGAUUCGGCUCCUGGUCUGGAUGGCGUGGAUUAUACCAUGCUGAAAAAGCUUCUGCCAUCAGGAAAAAACAUUAUGUUAGAUAUCCCACACAGCACAAAUGACUGUUUGCCGGCUGAUAGUCGACAUUUUUCAGUCAACUUUUUAAGUCGACAUUUAGUCAACUAUUUGUUGGAUGGUUUAUUGUCGACUUUAAUUAUAGACUGAAAGUCGACCUAACGUCGACUAUUUUCGAAAGUCGACUUCUAAUUGCCAUAAAGUCAACUUAUAAGUCCACUUUUGGCUGACUGAUAGAUGACUAUAGUCGAGUCAUUUGUUGACUAUUAGCUGACUAUAAGUUGACAUUCAGCCUGACUUCGACUUUUUGAAGUCGACUUUAGACUUCUUUUGCCGACUGAUAGUCAACUAACAGUCGACUUGGUGCUGUUUGGGAUAUUUAAUAGUGUAUGCUCCAGUGGUUUCUUUCCGAACAAUUGGAGGAAAUACCAAGUUAUCUUCAUCGAUAAAGUAGGGAAAGAUAAAGUUCGUCCUAUUGCCUUGUCUUCUUGUGUAGGAAAGCUCAUGGAAUGAAUGGUCAAUGAGAGAUUAAUUUGGUGGCUGGAGAAUUAUAAUAAACUUGAUCCUAUGCAGAAUGGUUUUCGACGUGGGAGACAUGUAUGGAAAAUCUAGCCAAGGUUGUAUCGAAUGUAAGAAGUGCCACUCUGGUCGGUGAAUAUUCUCUUGCAGCUUUUUGAGAUGUGUCGUCUGCAUACGAUAAUGUGGUUUUUGAUAUUUUGGCCGAGAAACUGAAGGCUGAAGAGUGUCCAACAGGCAUUUAUCAUUUCAUUGACAGAUGGUUAGAUAGUCGAACAACAACUUUUGUGAUAAAUAACUCAGAGACAGAAGUACGAUACGUACAUAAAGGGUUACCUUAGGGUGCGGUGCUAAGUGCCAUUUUAUAUGCGCUGUAUACUAAUAAGUUAACGGUUAAAGUUGCUAAUUUUGUUCGGGUUGUGCAAUUUGCGGACGAUAUCGUCGUAUAUGCACAAAAUAUUACUAGGUUGGAAAACAAAAUCAACCUUGAAGUGGCUGUGAGUACAAUAGCGAAAAAUUUAGAAAAGUUAGGGCUGAAUUUAGCUCCUCAAAAACAAAUCUAGUAGAGUUUCGCGGUCUGAAUUCUGUGACAAGAGAUUAUAUAUUAGGGUCAAAAAUGCGAAAAUUUUCAAUAGUCAGGAGGCUCGGUUUCUAGGAAUUUGGCUCGACAAUAAACUUACUUUUUAUAAACAUGCUAUGGAGAUUAGAGGUAGAGUAAACAAGGCCAACAAUUUGAUGCAGUAUCUGAGUAAUAUUACCAGAGGAGUAGAAGUAAAUACGGCUUUACUCUUGUAUAAAAGUAUAGGUCGUUCGGUGAUGGACUAUGAUUUAUUUAUUUAUAGUCCUCUUUCGGAAAACAUUCAACUUCUGUUAGAGAUAGGUCAGUUCCUGGGUAUCCGGAUGGCCCUUGGUUAUAGAAAAAGUACACCUACCAAUGUAUUAAUCGCGGAAUCUAAACUGACGUUCUUGCGAGAUAGGGCUGUAAUGCAUGCCAAAAAGUUUUGUGCGAAAGUUUAUAAGUAUGGUGAGAACGCCUUCAGGGAUAGCUUAGAUAAUUUGAAAAAUAAAGAAAUGAUUGCCAGAUAUAGGAAUCCGUUAUUUCAUAAGAGUGUCUUAUGCGAGGCAUGGGAAUACACAUGCCGAUUUCGUUCUAGACUAGGCAAUAGAGAAACUACUUUUGAGAUCUGGAAGAUGGAUUACAAAUGUUUAACCGAGAAAAUUGCGGUAGACUGCGAGAUCGGUAUAAGUGUUAAAAAACGAGGUAUAAAGAUAAAGACUGAUUUGCAUAAGUUUGAUUAUAUGUACGCAAUCUUUUGGAAAUUUUUCAGAAAUAUUGCAAAUGCUAUGUUACAUAUGAUAUGUUUCAAACAUAUUACUAAAGUAGUGCAUCUACUAUAUUUCUUUUUCAAUAUUACAGAACAUAUAAAUGUGACAACAAACUUUUUCAUCUUUCAAAAUGAUUUCAGAAAUAUUGCAAAUACAAUGUUAUAAAAAAACAUGAUACAGGUACAUUUCUGAAAUUUUCAGAUGCAAAGUUACAAUUGAAUUGCUAAUGAAAUAUUUCUUUAUCAUUUCCAAACAUUACACUAUUUCAGCAAUAUUACGUGCCGAGUGAGUAGAGGAAAAGGUGAUAUCGCGGCCCCCUACUUGUAAGUUGGCCUCCCCAUGAUUUUCAUAUUUCUGAUAACGCCAUAUGCGCCGCAUCGUCAUAUGUGCUUCUCCUAUGUACCAUGUGACCAGGGAAACAAUGGUACAUUGAGUGAAGCAGUGGUGGUGCUCGUAUCGGGCAUUCCUGUCAUAACGCGCAGAGCGAAAGUUUAUUGUCCCGUCGGAAAAAAAUCAUUUCUCAGAAGUCUAGAGAAUUCCGAGACUUUUAUGGUUAUAUAUCUUCGCCAAAAGGUACAUGAAAUCGAUAUUUUCGAGUCCGUUCGAUUAAUGUUCAAUAGUUUUAAUUAUAAAUAAAAAAUUUCCGAAGCAAUGUAAGUUGACAUGUUGGCCCCCCAUGAUGGAAUGUAAUUUGGCCCCGGGGCCAUAUUGACAUCAUUUCACCUCGAGAAAAACUUAUUUUGAAUAUUCUUUAUUUAACUCAUAUAUUUUAAUGUAGGACAUUGUGUAAUUUAGCAUGAACGUUGUACAAUACAAAGUACCAAUGCGAUCAACACAAUUUGCUCACAAUUCACUUAGGGAAAUAUGGACUGUUAAACGAUUGAAACUGGUGAGGAUCCUGAUGAUGCAGUAUGCAUGUUUUGCCAGGAACGUUAUUCCAUGGACCAACACGGCGAAAUUUGGAUACAAUGUCUUAUUUGUCGUUCAUGGGCACACAGCGAAUGCACAUCGUGCGAAAAAGCGGAAUAUGUGUGCAAUUUUUGUUCGUAAAUGAUAAAACUGAGAAGAUUAUAUAUUGUUUCAUUUAUUCUAUAAUGUUUAUGCAUUAGUUUUUAAGCACUGUUAUGAAAAGAAUUCGUUUUUUUGUAAUUUUUGAUGGGGGCCAUAUUACCCUCACUUUUUCCAAACGUCAUAAAAUGAUAUGCUUCAGAAAUAUAUGUUCUAUAUAAUGCAAUUGUUUUUUCUUUGGUUCCACCUUUUAGCAGACACAAACUGAAUAGUCUACCUUCAUUUUAAGCAAAAGUUUAGAUCAAUUAAAGUUACAGUUCAGAUUUUAU